GGUUUUAGCAAAAUAACUCUUUUUUUUAAUCUUACACUAUUUUAUUUGAAUCACUAUCACAUUACAAUGGCAGAAUUUGAUGAAUUUGACAAAUAUGAACUACCUUCUUUACACCAAGAAACACAUAGAGACAGGCAAUACCCAUAUGAAUCAGACCCAAAUGAACUAUAUGUAUAUGAAUCAUAUCCAGAUGAAUCAUAUCAAGAUGAAUCAUAUCUGGACAAUUUAUAUUAG